AUGGAUAAUCGAGCAAUUUCCAAAUCAAAAAAAAAUGAUGCAAUAGAAAAGCAUUUAGCCUAUAAGGAUAAAAAUCUAAUUUUUAAACGACAAAAUUUUAUUUCAGAAAUAAAUGGAAAAUAUGUACAGUCACGUUCAUAUCCAUGCAGAGUAGCACUUAAGACGUUCAAGAUAUCCAACUCUGACGAUUCAUUAGACUUUAUAAGAGAA